AAAAACCCAACAUAAUCGUCAAGUAGUAGUACAAAUUGUUCUCUCACACCCACAAGUGGAAAGUUACCAAAAAAGAAUACAAACUUUAUUAUGUAUUUUUAUAAUAAUAUAGAUAGACAAAAAAUUUCGAGAGUCGGCAGCAACUCUAGGUUGAAACAUAACACGUUAAACUAUCGAUAGUUUCAUAGAUCAACUCUGAACGAGGACGUUGAAAUUGUUUGCUGCUGUUGUGUAAGUUGAAGUUCUGAUUAUGAAGUUGAGUUGUACAAGAUGAAUCACUCUGUUCCUGAUUUCGAAAUGGAUGACGACUACCCGAAUAUUCCCAAAACUUCUGGUAUCACCACCCCGUCAAAAAAGUCCCCAGUAAUGGAUGAAGAUAUAAUGGAGCUAAUAUGGCAAAAUGGACAAAUAAUUGCCCAAAGCCAAAAUCAAAGAUCUCAAACGGUAGCAGCUUCAGCUCCACCAAUAUUUAUACAAGAGGAUGAAAUGGCCACGUGGCUUCAGUAUCCACUUGACGAUUCUUCUUUCGAGCGUGAUCUCUAUGCCAAUUUUCUCUAUACUACGCCGAGCUCCUCUAUUGUCACCGCCGCCGUGCCGCCGCCGGGAGAGAUUGAUACUACCACGGCGGAGAUCCGUCCGAACCAGCCUCCGCCUCAAUUGAGAUGUACUGAGGGCCAAUUUUUACAUAGCUUACAGAAUUUCGGGGAUUUUUCACGAUUGCCUAAAGCAAAAUCGCAAAAUUAUACAUCGAGUUCUGGUAACACAGCUACGGUAUCAACGAUUGUCGAUUCGAAUGAAACUCCAAUUGCAGAGUUUUCACGCGUAUCGGAUAAAGUAGCGCCAGUUUCUGCCGGGAAUGACGAAGGAAAGGCCACGACUGAUACUACUACUGCGACGGCGGCGGAAACAACCAGCGGCAGGGAAACGUCGACGACGGCAUGUGAGUUCACGGGGACGUCAUCGGCAAGUGGCUCGAGAGGUAGUGUAAGUGCCAGUGCGGAUCCACCGCCGCUGCAGCCUCCACAGGAGGCGGCGCUUAUGCCGGCGGAGGAUCGGAAACGGAAAGGAAGAGAAAGGGGAACGGAGGACAAUGAAGAACAUAGGGAGGAUGCUGAAUUUGAGUCAGCUGAUGUAAAGAAGCAAACCAGCAGUUCUACAUCCACAAAGAGAUCUCGUGCCGCAGAGGUCCAUAAUCUUUCUGAAAGGAGACGUCGAGAUAGAAUAAAUGAGAAGAUGAAGGCUCUACAAGAACUCAUACCGCGGUGCAAUAAGUCAGACAAAGCUUCAAUGCUAGAUGAAGCGAUUGAGUACCUUAAAUCAUUGCAAAUGCAAGUGCAGAUGAUGUCCAUGGGAUGUAGCAUGGUCCCUAUGAUGUAUCCUGGAGUCCCGCGAUACAUGCCAACGAUGGGAAUGGGUAUGCGUAUGGGGAUGGGUACGGGAAUGGGCAUGAGCCGGCCAAUGGUGCCAUAUCCAUCUCUAGUUCCAGAUCUGGCAAUGCAGAAUGCAGCUGCAGUAGCACAAAUGACUCCUAGAUUUCCUGUUCCAGCAUAUCAUUUGCCGUCAGUUCCUGUACCUGAUCCGUCCAGAAUCCGAGCAGCAAACCAGCCAGAUCAUCCAAUGAUGAACUCACUUGUUGGACAUAACACUAAUCAGCCCAGACUUCCAAAUCUUAGUGAUCCAUAUCAACAAUAUUAUGCUCUACACCAGGCACAAGUGUUACCACAGAAUCAGCGAGCGGAACAGCCAAGCAGCAGUAACCCAAGCAGCCGCAUAGAAGAAAGUCCAGCAAAUCAUCAAACUGGUUGAUGGAUCGACCAAGAGAGCUUUUCACCAACCAAAUUUUGUAGUGUAAGAGAUUUAAGAGAAACAAGAGUGCAGUCUACGCUGGCUCCACUAAUACAAGUAUAACUUUAGUAAUUUGUAAUUAUUAUGAUAGAAUUAGUAUUGCUUUAUAUAUUGUAUUUUUAUCCCUUUAAAAGUCAACUGCUGGUUGUCAAA